UAUGAAUCCGUGAUAAUUGUUUUUACAACGGUAAUACUAACGACAACGACAGCGACAACGACAACGAUAGCGGGAACGAGAACGACGACAGUUUGUAACGAAAGUAGAUGUGAUAUCCGUGCGACACUAUUUUAAAUUCGGAAAACCUACACAGCUACUAGGUACCUAAGUAACGUCGAUAACUUCGACGACGAUCAAAAUGUCUGCACGACCAACUCGUCGCGCUGCCGCAGCGCGGCGUACCGCUAUUAUUGAAUCGGAAGAUGAGGACGAAGAGGUCGGAAACACCACUAAGAGAAUAAAGGAGGAAGAAAGUGAAGAGGAAUUUGCCCCUGAGACUUCGACCGCUAAAGCUUCGCGUCGCCAAACACAAAGUAGAAGGAAGUCGACAGCACCGGCAACACCGCGCGCAAACCGUUCAAGGAAGAGCAUAGUUCCGCAGACGCCCCUCGAAUCCAGCGAAAUCGCUGAUCCGGAUCAAACCGCUGCUACCAUUCUCAGCCCAGAUUCAGCUGUUAAGAAACCCGCCCCCAGGAAACGGAAGAGUGUUGCGCCUCGCCAACCUACAAAAGCGGAUACCCCUGAGAGCCAACCCGAUAGCCAACCUCACAUGCCCACGCCCGCUCAAUCUGAGGAACCAUCCGAGCUGCACGGUACGCCCCUAGCUGAUAUUACCAGCCAGAGCAUCGACGAGCAACUGGAAGCCGCAGAUGAGACCAUCACUCAAGUCAAGCCCAUACGGCCAAUGGAUACCAUCCUAGAGAGACCUAUGGAUAUUGUCCUAAAGUCACGCAAGAUGGCAAUGCCAAUAGUCGAAGAAACAGGGCCUAAGGCUCGUAUCGUUAUCACGUAUUUGAUUUUGAACAACUUCAAGAGUUACGCCGGACGACAAGAAGUCGGACCAUUCCACUCAUCAUUCUCCUCCGUAGUGGGACCUAACGGUUCCGGCAAGUCGAACGUUAUCGAUUCACUUCUUUUCGUCUUCGGUUUUAGGGCCAGUAAGAUGCGACAGGGCAAGAUCUCGGCCUUGAUCCAUAACUCCGCCGCUUUUCCGAACUUAGAUCAUUGCGAAGUGGCAGUACAUUUCCAAGAGGUCAUGGACCUGCCUGGCGGUGGAACCGAAGUAAUUCCCAACUCUCAGAUCAUCAUCUCGAGAAAAGCUUUCAAGAAUAACUCGAGCAAAUACUACAUCAAUGGUGGCGAAUCAAAUUUCACGACAGUGACCACGCUCCUCAGAGAUCGAGGAAUCGAUCUUGACCACAAGCGUUUCCUCAUUCUGCAGGGUGAAGUCGAAUCGAUUGCCCAGAUGAAAUCGAAAGCCGCCAACGAACAUGAAGAUGGUUUACUAGAGUAUCUCGAAGAUAUUAUUGGCACAUCUAAGUACAAGACUCCUAUCGAAGAGGCGGCGACGGAAGUAGAAACUCUCAACGAAAUCUGCAUGGAGAAGAGUGGACGCGUCCAGCACGUCGAAAAAGAGAAGAACGGCCUCGAGGAUAAAAAGAACAAAGCUUUAGCCUACAUUCGAGAUGAAAACGAUCUGACGCUCAAGCAGUCGGCGCUCUAUCAAUUGUACAUCAGCGAAUGCAACAACAACGUGGACGUGACCGAAGAAGCUAUCAGUCAGAUGCAAGCCCAGCUUGAUGACGAGCUUGAGAAACAUCAGGGCAGUGAACAGGUCAUAAAGCAGCUGCAGAAGGCCUAUGCUAAGGGACACAAAGACUUUGAGUCCCAAGAGAAGAAUGCCCAAGCCCUCGUCAAGGAAGCCGCCAAAUUCGAACAGGAGAGAGUAAAAUUUGACGAAAAGCGGAAGUUCUUAACCGACAAACAGAAGAAGCUUGAAAAGACGAUCACCAAUGCCGAAAAUUCUGCUGCCGAGGCCGAGGAAACCAUUGAGCAGUGCACCGAGGAGAUUGCUUCACGCGCUGAGGAGAUCACAGCCCUCGAAGAACAAGUACAGGAGGAAGAAGUAGAACUUGCGAAGAUACGAGAUAGCCUUAAAGGCAAAACGCAAGUAUUCUCGGAUCAAAUUGCCGUCAAACAGAAAUCUCUCGAGCCUUGGAAAGAGAAGAUCAAUCAGAAGCAGUCGGCUAUUGCCGUUGCCGAGUCUGAGAUGGCCAUCCUCCAGGAGAAAGCUAACGCUGGAGCUGUCGCCCUCGAAGAAAUGCAGACAAAGAUUGCAAAUAUCGAAGAAGGCCGUACGGCCAAACUUGCGGAACUAAAAGAGUCCCAGGCUGAGAAGGCUAAAUUAGAAAAGGAGGCGAAGAAAAUCGAGGCUGAUCUUGAGAGCUUAGCUCAGAUGGAGCCAAACGUUCGGUCUAAAGUGUCUAAUGCUAGACAAAAGGCAGAAGAGGCGAGAUCCAGCCUCUCGCAAAACCAGAACCGAGGCAAUGUACUUACGGCAUUGAUGCGAAUGAAGGAGUCUGGACGAAUUGACGGAUUCCACAGUCGCCUCGGAAAUCUUGGUACGAUCGAUGAGAAAUACGAUGUUGCUAUUUCUACAGCGUGUCCUUCUCUUGACAGCUUCGUCACCGAUACUGUAGAGGCUGGUCAGCAAUGCAUAGAAUAUCUCCGAAAGACUAACCUUGGGAGAGGCAAUUUCAUGUGUCUGGACAAACUUCGAUCGUAUAAUUUACAGCCCAUCCAGACUCCCCAAAAUGUGCCACGCCUGUUUGACCUGAUCAAGGCCAAAGAAGAAAGAUUCCGCCCUGCUUUCUACCACGCCCUAACAAAUACCCUUGUAGCCAAGGACUUAGCUCAGGCGAAGCAGAUCGCUGAAGGCGAUACUAGAUGGAGGGUGGUUACACUUGGCGGAGAGCUUUUCGAUACGAGCGGUACCUUGUCCGGAGGUGGAAAUACCGUCAAGAAAGGUCUGAUGUCGAGCAAGCUUGUGGCUGAUACGACUAAGGAGCAUGUCGCCAAGCUCGAAAGCGAUCGAGAUUCUAUCGAGGCAAACUUCCAAGAGUUCCAGGAUCACCAACGAGAACUCGAGUCCCGCCUCAGAGUUCUGAAAGGCCAGAUCCCUCAACUAGAUACCAAGAUGCAGAAGAUCGGCCUCGAACUGCAAAGUGCCGAGAAAAAUAUUGCAGACGCCCAACGACGCAUCAAGGAGCUAAGCAAGGAACACCAGCCGUCGCAAACCGACGAUAACAGGGUGGCCGCACUGCAGAAGGAAAUUGCCAAGCUGAACAAAGAAGUAACGAAACUUCAUGCCGAAACCGAAGGCGUGGAGGCGGAGAUUAAAGAGUUGCAAGAUAAAAUCAUGGAGAUUGGUGGUGAGAAACUUCGUGCUCAGCGUGCCAAGGUCGACGCCAUCAAGGAAGAGAUAUCAUCCAACAAUGAGGAGACUUCUAAUGCCGAAGUGAAGAAAGCGAAGGCAGAGAAGUUAAAGACGAAACUCGAAAAAGACCACGCCAAGGCUACCAGGGAGUUGGAGACUGCUGUACGCGACCUCGAAAAGCUUGAGGAAGAGGUCGAAAACCAAGGUAGCAAAUCUGAAUCUUUAAAUGCUCGUGUUGAGGAGGCAGAAGCAGAACUUGCCGAUAAGAAGAAGGAAUUGUCUACACUAAAGACCGAAUUAGAUGAGAAGACAUCAGAACUUAACGAAACCCGAGCAGUCGAAAUCGAGAUGCGUAACAAGCUAGAGGAGAACCAGAAAGCGCUCGUCGAGAAUCAGAAGCGCCUGCGUUACUGGGAUGAGAAACUCAACAAGCUUGUACUACAAAACGUCAGCGACCUUAGUGGCCCGCCACCUGCCAAGAAACGGACUCAAGAGGAAAGCCAAGAUGAGUCUACCGAGAACCAAGGGGAGGAACAACAGGAGCAGGAGCAGGAACAGGGACAAGAACAGCAGCCCGAAGAACUUCCGCGGUUUACGGAUGACGAAUUAAAGGAUAUGGACAAGGAUACCCUAAAAGCCGAGAUCGCAGCUCUCGAAGAGAAGACGCAGAACGUCAACGUUGAUGUCAGUGUCUUAUCAGAGUAUCGUCGCAGAGUCGAAGAACAUGCCGCUCGGUCAUCCGACUUAGCAACCGCUGUCCAGCAGCGCGAUACUGCCAAGAAGCGGUGCGACGAUCUGCGACGUCUUAGAUUAGAGGGAUUCAUGGAAGGCUUCAGUACCAUCUCUCUCCGCCUGAAAGAGAUGUACCAGAUGAUCACGAUGGGCGGAAACGCCGAGUUAGAACUUGUCGACAGUCUGGAUCCCUUCAGCGAGGGUAUCCUAUUUUCCGUCAUGCCACCCAAGAAGAGUUGGAAGAAUAUCAGCAACCUCAGUGGUGGCGAGAAGACGUUAUCUAGUCUUGCGCUGGUGUUUGCUCUGCAUCAUUACAAGCCAACGCCUCUAUACGUCAUGGACGAAAUUGACGCUGCUCUGGAUUUCAGAAAUGUGUCUAUCGUGGCCAACUACAUCAAGGAGCGUACCAAGAACGCCCAAUUCGUCGUCAUCUCUCUACGAAACAACAUGUUCGAGCUUGCCGCUCGGCUAGUCGGCGUCUACAAGGUUAACCACAUGACCAAGAGCGUAACAAUCGAGAAUCGCGAUUUUAUUACCCGCGGGGUACCAAGGCAACAGCACAAUGGUGGUCAAACGGUAGCCUUGUGACGAUGUUGAUGAGAGAUGAAAUCCGGCUGGGCUUGGGUACUUGAUAUGUGUAUGAUGAACGAUUCCCGCGCAGGACAUGGGCUGGACGGGCUAUGAUGAUUAGGUUGGGGAAUGAAAUGAUGUCUGGUUGGUCACGAAACCGACAUAGAAGGCAUGUAAUGAAAACGAAUGAAUAUCCAACGACGGACCUAGGCGAGGUUUACUUGAAAUAAACAUUUUUACUUAACUCUACUUCUGAC